AUGGAUCUAGCUGAUGCUCUACGCGAGGAAGAGAUCUACUGGAAGCAGCGUUGUAGGGAGGAAUGGUUAAGGUCUGGUGAUCUCAAUACGAAGUUUUUUCACAAUGUCGUGAAAGGAAAACGCAUUCAGAACCGGUUACUGAUGCUUUUGGAUGAGGCGGGGCAGGAACAUUUUGCAGAGGGAUCCAAGGGCAAUAUCGCAGUCAAUUACUUUCGGGAGCUAUUUCGCAGUUCAAAUCCUUUUGACUUGGAAACCUUGUUCACUGGUUUUCCGAAGAGAGUAUCUGAUGACAUGAAUGCAGUACUUACAGCUGCAAUCACGGAAGAAGAAAUAAAAAAGGCUGCUUUCAGCGUCAAGGGGAGCAGUGCGCCUGGUGAGGAUGGCUUGACUGGAGUGUUUUACCAAAAGUUCUGGCAUAUUGUAGGUGCACAGCUAACUUCAGAGAUAUUGGUUUUCUUUCAUUCUGCUGUGAUGCCUGAUGGGUGGAAUCAUACUCAACUGAGCCUUCUUCCUAAGAUCCCGAAGCCUACAAAGAUGCAAGAUCUCCGUCCUAUCAGCCUCUGCUCAGUGCAGUAUAAGAUCAUCUCUAAGAUAUUAAGCAACCGUUUAAAGUCUAUUCUCCCAGAGAUCAUCUCAGAUACACAAGGAGCCUUUGUCGAGGGGAGGCUAAUCUCUGAUAAUAUAAUUAUUGCUCACGAGAUGGUCCAUGGUCUUCGUACUAAUCCGAGAGUGGCUGAGGAGUGCAUGGCUAUCAAGACAGAUAUGUCCAAAGCCUACGACCGUGUGGAGUGGAAUUUUCUAGAAGUUCUCAUGGAGAAAAUGGGUUUCGAUCGGAUUUGGGUCAGAUGGAUUAUGUCAUGCGUCUCUUCUGUUUCUUUCUCUGUGCUCUUGAAUGGGAAUUCACAUGGUUAUAUUCGACCGGAGCGUGGAAUUCGCCAGGGUGAUCCAUUGUCACCAUUUUUGUUCAUACUGUGUGCAGAAGCUUUGGUCUCUCGUCUCAAUACUGCUGAGGAAACGGGGCUUCUUCAUGGCAUCAAAUUGUCUCCGUUUGGUCCCUCUGUGCACCACUUAUUAUUUGCGGAUGACAGUCUUCUGCUGUGUAAUGCCACAAGUACUGAAGCUGCAGAGAUAUGUGCCUGUCUAAAAGAUUAUGAAGAGGCAUCAGGGCAGUGUAUCAACCUUCAGAAAUCUUCUGUUAUCUUUGGCUCUAAGGUAUCUGAAGAGAGGAAGCUGGAGAUAAAGCGGGCAUUAGGCAUUCAUCAAGAAGGUGGAGAGGGCUCCUAUCUUGGGUUACCAGAAUGCUUCAGCGGUUCUAAGGUGAAUCUACUUAGCUUCAUCAAAGAGAAGCUACAAGGGAGACUGAAUGGCUGGUUUGCUAAAGCUUUAUCGCAAGGUGGGAAAGAGAUAUUGAUUAAAUCAGUGGCUUUGGCCCUUCCUAUUUAUGCUAUGUCCUGUUUCAAGUUGCCUAAAGACUUGUGUGCAAAGUUAACUAGUGCGAUUGUGGAAUUUUGGUGGAGCUCUGGCUCCAACAGGAAAAAGAUUUCCUGGGUAUCUUGGCAGAAGAUGUGCAAAGAUAAAGAGCAUGGAGGUCUUGGUUUUAAAGAGGUGGAGAAAUUUAACCAGGCUCUACUGGCUAAACAGGCUUGGAGAAUUUGGUCGAGACCGAACUCCUUGGUGUCGCGUAUUCUCCAAGGUAGAUACUUCCCAAGAUCUUCUUUUCUCGAAGCCAAUGUGGGUACUCGCCCCUCUUAUGCCUGGAGAAGUAUCUUACAUGGAAGGGAGCUUCUGGCCCAAGGUCUUUUGAAGAAGAUAGGUAAUGGAGAAUCUGUUAAAGUAUGGACGGAUAAUUGGAUCAUUGAUGAUGUCCCCCGCCCUCCUCACUACCAUCCUGAUGCUGAAGUUGAUCUUACCUUAACAGUAAGGGACCUUAUUGAUGAUCAAUCUAGUGCGUGGAAUAUCCCUAUGGUUCGUCAGUUAUUUUGCGAGGAGGAUGUUUCAAGAGUGCUCAAUGUGAAAGUUAAUGUGGAUUCAGUUGAUACGCUUGAAUGGGGAUUUUCCAAGAAUGGUGUGUAUAACACUAAAUCAGGUUACAAAUUAGCUGUUGUUCUACAGGAAAAACAGGUGUUUCCCCCCUCCCCUGCCCUCCCACCGCUGGAAAGAAAACUAUGGCGUGAUCUUUGGAAGAGUAAGACAACUCCCAAGAUCAAACAUUUCAUGUGGAGAGCCUUAUCAGGAGCUCUAGCAGUCAAGCAAGGUUUGAAAUCUAGAGGAAUUACUCUAGAUACCACGUGCUUGCGUUGUGGAUCAGCUGAAGAAUCAAUCUGUCAUGUGCUCUUUCAUUGUGAAGUAGCGAAAGAAGCUUGGGAAAGAUCUCAAAUCCCUCUACCGCCUGGUGGUUUCUCAAGAAGCUCAGUUUGGCUGAAUUUCUUCCAUUUGCUAUCGGUGAGUAAGAGACACUCUUCUGAAGGUUCUAUCAGGUUAUCUUUUCCAUGGGUUUUAUGGCACAUUUGGAAAGCUCGGAACAUCUUCUGUUAUGAGAAGAUUCAUUUGGAUGGAGCUACUGUACUGUCUAGAGCUAUGGAGGAAGCAAGUACGUGGUUCAAUCUACAACUUCUACCUUCAGAGUCCUCUCAUUUGUCAUCACUCACUCGUUGGCAGAAACCACCUGUUGGUACACUUAAAUGCAAUAUAGCCUCUUCUUGGCCAGACUCUUCUCAUAACCAUGGUUCUUCAUGGAUUGUUAGGGACUCGACCGGCCUUCCCCUGUUUCACAGUAGAAGAGCCUUUGCUCCAGUCUUCACAGAGAUAGAGGCUGGCUUAGCCACAUUCGAGUGGUCCUUGAAGGCAGCACAUGAUCUUAAGGUGAAAAAGAUAUCCUUGGAAAUUUCAUCUCCCAUCUUGUGGGAAGCUCUGUCUAUCCCGGAUCGGUUUCCUAAUUUAGGUUUUGAGAUUUCAAAAUCUCUCCGCUUAAUGCAUGACUUUGACCAGUGCCAACUGAGUUUGGUACCCUCUGUGGUUAAUAUUAUUGCAGAAGAUAUUGCGGUAAGUGUCACUAGAGAUCAUCGUUAUCAGUCUUACAUUGCGACUGGUGGCCCCUCAUGGCUUUCAUCUAUGAUUAAUCUACAAGCUGCUGGUUGA